AUGGGCAACUGUAUCUCCUCCUCUCAAGACCGCAUCGAGAAGGCCAAGUCCGACGAGAUCGACCGCCAGAUUGAGGAGGACUCGCGCAAAUUUCGCAAGGAAUGUAAAAUCUUACUGCUUGGUUCCGGCGAGUCAGGAAAGUCGACGAUUGUGAAGCAAAUGAAGAUAAUCCAUCAAAACGGAUUCACGCCCGACGAAUUGAUGUCGUACAAGGCAACUAUCUUCAAGAACACGCUCGACAGCGCCCAGGGGAUAGUUCUGUUCAUGAGAAAGAUCAAUGUUGACUGCGAGCUUCCUAAUAACCGGGUGAACGCCGAUCGGAUACUAGACUGGCGAGCAGACAACUUCUCGGAGGAGGUGGCCCUCGCCAUCUCGCAGUUCUGGCAAGACCCCGUCAUUCCCUCGAUCAUGGACCGGAGUAGCGACUUCUACCUUAUGGACUCGGCCUCUUAUUUCUUCAGCGAGGUCAAGCGGAUCGGCGGGCAGGAUUACUGCCCCACGGAGACGGAUGUGCUGCGCGCAAGAGCGAAGACGACGGGUAUUACAGAGACUCGAUUUAACAUGGGGCAGCUCUCGGUGCACAUGUUCGACGUCGGUGGUCAGCGCUCGGAGCGGAAGAAAUGGAUCCACUGCUUCGAAAGCGUCACCAGCAUCAUCUUCUGCACGGCGUUGUCGGAGUACGACCAGGUCCUCCUCGAAGAGCGGAACCAGAACCGCAUGGCUGAGAGUCUUAUUCUUUUCGAGAGCGUCAUUAACUCUCGGUGGUUCCUCCGGACGUCGAUCAUCUUGUUCCUGAACAAGAUCGACGUGUUCAAGACUAAACUCCCAAAGGUCCCAUUGGAGCGCUACUUCCCGGAAUACACUGGCGGCAGUGACAUCAACAAGGCCGCGAAGUAUAUCUUGUGGAGGUUUAUGCAGGCGAACCGGGCGAGGCUCAGCGUUUACCCCCACCUUACGCAAGCGACCGACACGUCAAAUAUCAGGCUAGUGUUCGCGGCGGUUAAGGAAACAAUUCUCCAGAACGCGCUGAAGGACGCUGGCAUCCUGUAG